GGAAGAGGAGACGAAGAAGAAGGCGACCAUGUUGAUUUAAAGGAAUAAGAAACACAAUAGAGGCGAUUAAUUUCAAGUAAAAUUCAGUUAUUGAAGCGAAUUAUAAAGAAAGUAGACAAAACGCUGCAUACUGAGCAUCCCUUGUAUAAUAACAAAGAAACUAAGGUAGACAAGUUUUGAGUUUUUGGCUGAUUUAGCAGAAGCGGAGGGUUUUUCACGGCCACACUCACACAGUUCACACCCCGACCUGAAGACCUGUGGUGACGGGGAGAGAGGGUCGAACACCUGGAAGAGAAAGGAAACACACACUGAGGACUAAAAAGGGGUGGAAAGCUUUUGGCUUUGGACUAGAUAACACCCCUUGUAUGAUUACGGAUUUCAGGAUCAAGGUUUUUUUUUCUCGUGUGAACUGACCUAUAUCCACGCAGUGGACAUCAGCAGAGAGCAUUACAGACUAUAUGAUUUUGGGGAAAUACCUGUACAAAGUUGGACACCCUAUUUCUUCAAGGACAGGGAUAUUGAGCAACUCUUAUGGACUCAAAGUGAAAACAGGAAAUAUUGUUCACUUUAGGAACAGAAGUUUGAGCAUUGAAAUAAGAUUAUAUUGAAGAAGCUUUCCCCAAGUUCAAUUGCCUUAGUUGUUCUAUUUCAGGACUUAACCGCUUUGAUACUUGUUCACAUAUAAUUUUUCUAUACUGUGGACAAGUAUAUUCAUGCAUAUAAAUGCAAAUUUCUCUUCAUUUCGAAGAGCUCUUGUGUAAAAACAUUUUUUUUUGGUGUUGUUGUUCCUGUACGUCAGUCACUCUGUGACGGGACCGAACUGCACGUACAUGUGUAUAUGUAAAUACUACCAAUUGACUUCUGUCGUAAAAGCUUUGGACUUAAAAAUAAUAGAGAAUAUUGUUUGUUAAUGCUUUAUUAAACUUUUUUACUUUGAAGAGAAUUUUUAAAAAGAAAAACCUAAGAGGCAAAAAUCUAAGACUUUGAAGAGAAAAAAAAGAAAAGAGGAAAAAUGGCAACUGCCAGAACAGAAAACGUUGGCCCGGUCGUCAUGGGACUGAACAAGCAGAACGGACAGCUCAGAGGACAGACCAAACCAGCUCCAGUCCAGCCAGCAUCCACAACUCAAGGAAAGGCUUUGGGAUCAGCCCAGAUAGCAGGUGCUGCCCUUCAGGACGGAGGAGGAGGAGGAGGAGGCGGCAUCAAGUUUGGAGACGACUGGAAAAAGAGCCUAAAGCUCCCACCCAAAGACUGCAGGGUCAAAACCUCAGAUGUGACGUCCACCAAGGGAAAUGAAUUUGAAGAUUACUGUCUCAAAAGAGAACUCCUGAUGGGCAUCUUUGAGAUGGGUUGGGAGAAACCUUCCCCUAUCCAGGAGGAGAGUAUUCCCAUCGCCCUGUCUGGACGGGACAUUCUGGCUCGGGCUAAGAACGGAACGGGGAAAAGUGGAGCCUAUCUCAUCCCACUGCUGGAGAGAAUAGACCUGAAAAAGGACCACAUACAGGCGCUCGUCAUGGUUCCCACCCGUGAGCUGGCACUGCAGGUGAGCCAGAUCUCCAUCCAGAUCAGCAAACACCUGGGAGGAGUCAAAGUCAUGGCAACCACAGGGGGUACCAACCUGCGAGAUGACAUCAUGCGUCUGGAUGAAAUCGUGCAUGUGGUCAUCGCCACGCCUGGUAGGAUCCUGGACUUGAUAAAAAAAGGAGUGGCAAAAGUGGACAGGGUCCAGAUGAUGGUGAUGGAUGAGGCGGACAAGCUGCUGUCUCAGGACUUUGUGGUGCUCAUCGAGGAUAUCAUCAGCUUCCUGGCCAAAAACAGGCAGAUCCUUCUCUACUCUGCAACCUUCCCCAUCAGCGUGCAGAAGUUCAUGGCCAAGCACCUUCAGAAACCCUAUGAGAUAAACCUGAUGGAGGAGCUGACUCUGAAGGGCAUUACUCAGUACUACGCCUACGUCACAGAGAGGCAGAAAGUCCACUGCCUCAACACGCUGUUCUCCAGGCUUCAGAUCAACCAGUCUAUCAUCUUCUGUAACUCCACUCAGAGGGUGGAGCUCUUAGCCAAGAAGAUCACUCAGCUGGGCUACUCCUGCUUCUACAUCCACGCCAAGAUGAUGCAGGAGUACAGAAACCGCGUGUUUCAUGACUUCAGAAAUGGGCUGUGCAGAAAUCUGGUCUGCACUGAUCUCUUCACCAGAGGUAUCGACAUCCAGGCUGUCAAUGUAGUCAUCAACUUCGACUUCCCUAAGAAUGCUGAGACUUACCUCCAUCGUAUCGGAAGAUCAGGGAGGUUUGGUCACCUGGGCUUGGCCAUCAACCUGAUCACAUCAGAGGACCGCUUCAACCUGAAGUCCAUCGAGGACCAGCUGGUGACCGACAUCAAGCCCAUUCCCAGCAGCAUCGACAAGAGCCUCUACGUGGCCGAGUUCCACUCGUCCGGAGCGGACUGCGACGUGGAGGAGGUGGAGGAGAAACCAGGACGCCAACAGGACAGCACCUAAAACAAGGACUUUGGGACACACCGGGCUUUUGCACAGACAUCGGCGCUUGCACACAGGCUUCAGGCAACUCUUCACUUUCACAUUUCUCACUCGUUUUCAGAGCCUGUCAAAUUAAUUCAUAGGCUGUUUUUAUUUUCAAACAUUUCCUUACGCUAAUCCUCAGCGAGAGCUGCUUCAUUCUUUGUUGUUAAUAAUUCAGAAAAUGUAACUUUAUUGUUUUGCACCAAACUCAGAGAGGACCGUGCAUCCUACUAAUGAGCUCAGCGUAUCUUGGUGAGACGGCAGUUCAGUCGGUAUCAAAGCUGUUUUGAAGCGGUCGUCCUUGGAGACAGUUUUUCUUUGCCAGCAGAGACGUUGGUCUAUUUUUUAACGUUACAAUGGUGCACCUCCACCAGCCAUCAUUCUGUCCACGUACACUGUUGUCGUCACUUAAGUGCCUUAAUAACUCCUAUGUGCACUCAUCCAUUCAUCACCUGCUGUCGUCCACAAGCAGCAGAGAACGAGCACAAAUAAAAUGAAUUUAUUAUAAACCCAAGUUUAUUUAAACAUCCAUUAUGCAAGGGAUAAAGACAACGCACACCUUUUCAUCUCUCCUGAUGAGAGGUGUGCAGAAACACGGCUCGUAAUCCUUUAACCAUCCUGAAUGUGAACGUUUCUUUUUUAAUGUGAACGUUGCAAUAAAAAAAGGGCAGCUUUAUUUGAAUACUGCGUGACUGUUUUUCCCCUUUCGCUAUAAAUAAAACAUGAGCAGAGUUAAUAUGAGAACAUCGCUAAAGACACACACCCCCCCCUCUCCCGCUCCCCCUCAUACUGAUUCAUGGAUGUUAGCCUGCAGACGGCCUCAUGCUGUUACACUAUGGCUGUUGCUGGUGAGUUAGCCUGCACACAGCUGCGGUCUGGAGGUUAUUGAACAUAUUAAAAAAAAAUCACAUCGGGCUGGUGAAAAUGGAGAAAUGAUCGACCGCUCAUGCUGGUAAAUGAAAAUCUAGUUUCAUCUCCUGCACGCUGCGGGAAUAAUGCAACCAAGACGGCUUCAGAGCAGCUUUGAUGGCUUUGAUUUGCCUUUACUGAGAUGUGAUACACCAUCCAGUUUUAGCACGUCCACAGAGUUAAUGUUCUUUGUUGUCAUUGGUGCAAAACAAUAGAUUUAAUUUUCUGUCUCUUUUUCCUUCUUACACUGCUUCGCAUUCAGUUCUUUUGUGGAAAUUCAAAUCAAUUCAUUACUGGAGCAAAAAAAAAACACAUUUCUUUUGAAUCCCCAUCAUUACAAAGUUGAAGUUGGUGAAUGUAUUUGUUGCCAUUGUGAACGGCCCAGUGGUUGAAAGCCAAGCUCUUAAGCAUAUUUGUAUUGCUGCUGUUGCAUGUCUCCCCCCUCAGGCUUCAUCUUUCAUGAUGUGUUCAAGGAUCCCAGGGUGACAACACCUGCCUGGUAGAGAAAGAACCACACUGACUUUCAAUGUUACUCCAGUUAAAGAGGGUGGAGUCUUUCUGCAGCAGCAGCAAUACAAUUUAUCCCCCUUUUUUAUCCUUUCCCCCCCAGCACAGCUUUUUUUUUUCUUUCUUUUUAAAUAUAUAUAACCGAUGUGAGGGUUAUGUUUUGUGAGGGGUGGGCUCUGUGUUUUGAAAAGCAAAAUUGUAGCAUCUUUGAACAGGCAGCUGUGACUUCUUUAUUUUGUCCUCCCCUUACAGAGCGUCAGUGACGAUACAAAAACAAAAGAAGACAUAAAAAAGAAAGUAUUUUUGCUUUUUAAGAUGUAUUUUUUUGACGUCGCUUAAGGUGGUUUAAAGGGGGGGGGGCUGUGAGGCUUCAGCACUGGGAAACUUCUGGAGGUGCGCUCUUUGCAUCUCGAAUCUUUCCCUUCUCUCUGGUACUUAAAGAAAAGCUUUGUCUCAAGUCCAAACUACACACAACACGCGUUCUGCUUCAGGAUUUAAGUGCCAGAGAGAGAGCGUCGACUAAACCAGGAGAGAGUUUCUGAAAAGAGUUGAAGCACCGAGAUCUUCUCCAACCUGUUCCAUGUUUGUGUGACGGAUAAUGGAAAGUGCUACGAUUCUUUUCUUUCCUUUUUCAGCAACUCGCUCCAUUUUCCACUCGGGCAAUCUUUAUACGAGGUGUUCUGAAUCAUUUUGAGGAAACAGAAUUGUAAAUGAUUCGUUGUUUACACUCGUCGUUUACAAUUACAAACCAAGCAACAACAAAAAGAAAAUACUUUGCUUCACGGGCGGGACGAGGAUGUGGUAUUUUAUUUCCUUUUUUUCUUUACAUGAAAAAGAAUUUUCAGGAUUUACAUUGAAGCAAAACCAAAAAAGGAGAAUGUACGAGUGUGUGUGAGAGAGAGAGAGAGAGAGAGCGAGACACAUCAAGGUGUUUGUUUGUGUGCGUGUAUGUGAAAGAGACAAACAAGCGACUGUUUGAACAAGGUGUGUGUGUUUGAGAGUGAAAGAGUUUGAGAGUUGUUUAAAGCUGUGAGAGGAUUUUUGUUUUAACAAUCAUUACGUUUACAUGCAGCUCCAACUAAACCCAAUCUUACAACUCUAUCCCAUAAUGUCUUCACAGUUAAUUAGUUUGAGGGAAUAAGUAAUUUAUGAAACCAAUUAAAUAUUCAUGUUUAAGAGGCUUACAUUCCCGCCUCCUGCACAUGAAUAUAUUUAGUUUCCCGACGGUCUUUUAGGACUCCUUGGCCUUUUGAGAGAAACUGACCAUUUGUGGACCAGACGACUCGUCCACUUUGUAAGGCCAUAAAGACAGAUUCCCCUCGUUGCGUUCUGGGGAUGAACGGAUCAUCUUCGGGAAGUAAGACAUGACAGGAGUAUGGAGGGUAAUCUCUUUACUGUGUGACAGCCGGUGAUUUGGAAACAGAGACAGUAUUAUAAGUCAAACUGUCCCGUUAAGUUAGCAGCUGCAUGUACGCGUAAUAAGGUCAAUGUUCUGUUUUCAUGUGCAGACUCGUCUUGUUUCUGUCGACGACGUAUGAUGUCUUAUGUAUCAUGUUGUUUGAACGUUUACAGUGUCAGGGAUGUGUGUUUUUCUUUUCUGUCCCCCCCCCCACCCCUCUUCCUUCUGGAUUCUACAUUUGUUCUUCUAAGUCUCAUUUCUUCAAAACAACGUCCUCCCUUGUCGUCUUUUUGUUUGUUUUAGUCGGUGGUUUAUAUCCCCGAUUACAUCCCAGACAGUCCUGUCAUGAUCUCCUUUGUGACCCAAAAAAACAGAGAAUCCUUUUUUAGAGCUGAUCCUGUCCAAGAAUUUGAAAUAAUCGUUUUGUAUUUUUUCAUUUAACAAAAGAAAAUCUCCUUACAUUUGUCACCAACUAAAAAUAAGAAAUCUGCCAGACGACUUCUCGGUGGAAUCAGCUGCUGUCGGCUUUCUUUGUUGCUUCAGACGCAUCUUAAACUUUACAUCAAAGCGACAGCAGAGAUCUUAGAACAAGGUACUGAAAAUAAAAAUAAAAGCUGCAGUGAUGCGUUUUCAUCUCCAAACACCUUGUUAGGAACCAUUUGAUCGUAAACCCCAGAAAUAGUUGUUGUUGCUUCCUGAAAGCUUUUAGGGGAUGAGUUUGUCAAUCUUGUGUUGCAGUCGUUCAUCUGAGGUCACAAAGGAGGUCAUGAUGGAUGCAGUUCUGAAUGUCGAAUGAUUGGGCUGUUUUUUUGUUAUCUAGUGUUGACGCGUCUUUGUGUGUGUGUGUGUGUGUGUGUGUGUGUGUGUGUGUGUGUGUGCGUGUGCACUCUGGCCUGUAGAGGCAGGUGGAGUGCUAACGGGGGGGUGGGGGGUUAUUUGUCAAAACCUGUUUAAGGAAAAAAAAAAAAAAAGAUUAAAAAUUUGAUAACGGUGAGGAUUUGGGUAAAAAAAAAAAAAAGUUGAAAAUUCUAAAUUGGAGGAAAUAAAAAAAGUAACACCUUAACUUAAACUAGUAAUACCGGCUGAGCUGCCCCUUCUAUCUCUACUGUGCAAAGCGAAAUCAAAUUGGGCUUCUUAAUUCGCUGCACUGAUGUAGACUCACCCACGCUCUAAAGCGUUUUUUUCGGCCAAACUAGAAGUCGAAGUCGGCAGAAUUGAAGACGUAAGCUGAGACUAAGUCAAAGCAGUAUUUUCCCUGAGGCGACAUGGAAAGAAACAAAGCGGUGUUAAGACUCUUGGAGUGGCUUUCAAGUGUUUUUAAUUUGUUUCUAUGUGGCUGGAGAGAGUUACAACAGUAUUUUUUUUUUACAACAAGGACAAUAAGGAGUGGAAAUAUUCUUCACCGGCUUGCAGAAGCGUCAAUCCUUCAUACACAUUAUUGCUGUUUUUAUUCCAAGAAACAAUCCUGCAGUCUUUUUAUUUUGACGUGGUCACUCCUCUUUUUUGAGUUUCUCGGGUGCCUCAGUGUUCCCAAUUCUCCAAAAAUCCAACGUUCACCCAUAUUUGACAUCACGUUUCAUCGUUAUGGACGUAGCUAUAAAAGACUCAAACCAGCUUGUUUUGAAUGUGAGUGUCUUUUCCUCCCUCAACAUACCAUGAUUUUCUUUUGGUUCCGUUAGAGUGAAGGUCAUUUAUGAUUGGGUAAAACUGCAAAAAAAAACAAAAUGUCACUCUUGCAUUCUUUAUGUUUUAAAUGCUUUUUGUUUUUUUAUUUCAUUAUAAAAUGCAUUGAAGAGAUGCGAGGUAUCUUGUGUUCAUCACUCUGUCCUCUACUGUUGUAACUUGAAAUACAUGCAGGGGUUAUACAAUUGAAUAAAUUGGACUUAAAUUUA